UAACAAAUCAAUUGUUGUUGUAUUUAAAUUGAUUUACAGGUAGCAAGUAACUCAGUCAACCGAAAGACAGCGGGUUCAGGUCAGAAAAGGCAGUUACUAUAGUUUUCACACGAUUUGUGCAAAAUGUCGCAUGCACCUGCAGAUGGAGGUCCCAGAACGCCGUCAGAGAAGAUUGAAGGUGUUCCCGAUUUUGGAUGGCGUGUGAAACUUUCAUACGAGUGCCAAGAUAAAAUGUCCCCCUUCUUCAAGCCAAGACUUUCACAAAUUCCACAAUAUUUAGGUCUCAGCAUGAGGUACAGUGUUAUGUGGGCCAAGAAGAAAAAGCAAGGAAAGAAACCGUUUAUAGAUCAUUUGAAUCCCUUGCCUCAUAACCCUAUAUAUGGGUGUCCUAUAGGAGGUAUUGGUUGUGGAACUAUAGGACGUGGCUAUCGUGGAGAAUUCUGUCGGUUUCAAAUGAUACCAGGGAUAUAUAGACAUAAUACGGUCGAUGCCAAUCAGUUUAUUGUUUGUAUACGACGUAAUAAUGAGACAAUUUAUCAACAAGUAUUAUCAUCACAAGUCAAGAAAGGGAAAUCCCUAAAAUCAUGGUCGUGGGGAUUCCCUGGUGGUAUGGCAACCUAUCAUGCACUCUAUCCUCGAGCGUGGACUGUUUAUAAUAUUAAAAAACAUAAUGUUCGGUUAAUUUGUCGUCAGAUAUCACCAAUAUACCCACACGAAUAUCAGGAGACAUGCUUACCUACUGCUGUAUUUGUCUGGACAAUAGAGAAUAAUAGUCCAGAUGAACUAGACGUUAGUAUAACGUUCACCUUCCAGAAUGGUCAAGGUAGCAAGGAGGAUAGUAAUAAAGGAGUAACGAGUGAAGUGUUUAAUGUAGGGGAGGUAACUGGUGUUUCAAUAAAACAGACAUUUAGAAGUAUGGAUUGUACAUAUGGUAUCUCGGCUUCAGCUAAGGAUGGUGUGGAUAUAUCUACGGCCGUGAACUUUGACCCUCAUGGUACUGGUGAGGAUUUAUGGUGUGAUUUACAUGAAGAUGGUAAACUUGGUAAUACACCAGUUGCGCCACCUGGUGGUGAUAAAGGUAAAGAUAUAGGAGCAGCAGUCUGUGCUUCCUGUACCGUCCAACCCUCGUCAUCACAGUCACUAGACUUCUCGUUAGUAUGGGAUAUGCCUAUUAUACAAUUCGGUGCUAAAGAACAAUACUAUGCAAGGCGUUAUACUCGAUGGUUUGGUACGGAGGGUAAAGCUGCUCCUAACUUAUGUAAACAUGCCUUAAACAGAUAUCCAGUAUGGGAGAAAGAAAUAAUCAAAUGGCAGGAUCCCAUCCUUAAUGCAAGUAAAUUACCAAGUUGGUAUAAAUCUGCUCUGUUUAAUGAGUUAUAUUUUGUGAGUGAUGGUGGAACAGUUUGGUUAGAUCCGUAUGAAACAGAUAAAGAUUUUAAGGCUGACAUCAGUUUACACCCAUAUGUUAAAGAUAUUGGCCGAUUUGGAUAUUUAGAAGGUAUGGAAUAUAGAAUGUAUAAUACAUAUGAUGUUCAUCACUAUGCAUCUUUCUCACUCAUCAUGCUCUGGCCUAAAUUACAAUUAUCAUUACAAUAUGAUUAUGCUGCUACAAUAGUAAAGAAUGACGAUACAUGUAUGAAAUAUUUGAUGCAUGGAGCAAAGGGUCCAACACAUGUGGCUAAUACAGUACCACACGAUAUGGGGGAUCCUGAGGAUGAACCAUGGAAGCGAGUGAAUUGUUAUACCGUCCAUCCUACCCAUGAUUGGAAAGAUUUAAAUAUGAAGUUUGUUUUACAAGUUUAUCGUGAUUAUAUAGCCCUGACAGAUAGAAAAUAUCUAGAAGAAAUGUAUCCUGUUGCUCUGGGAGUAAUGGAACAUUCGUUAGAUUGGGAUACAGAUGGUGAUGGUAUUAUAGAUAACUCUGGUUAUGCUGAUCAAACAUACGAUGCGUGGACCAUGCAAGGAGCAAGUGCUUAUUGUGGAGGUCUGUGGUUAGCUGCAUUACGAAUGUUGUGUGAAAUGGCUUUUAUACUGGGUAAAACAGAAGAUGUCGAUAAAUUCGCGGCCAUCCUAAAACUAGGAGCGAAAUCAUAUCAAGAAAAGUUAUGGACGGGUAAAUAUUAUCAGUACGAUAGCAGCAACAGCGGCCAUCAUGAUAGUAUCAUGGCCGAUCAACUGUCUGGACAAUGGUUUCUACAUGCAUCUGAAAUAGUAGAUGAAGCUGUAUUCCCAGCCGAUAAAGUAAGAACAGCUUUAAAGACUGUGUUUGAUAAUAAUGUGAUGAAAUAUGCCAAUGGUACGAUGGGCGCCAUCAACGGCACAAAACCAGAUGGUUCACGAGAUACAAGUAGUCCACAAUCAGAAGAAUUUUGGACGGGUAUUACGUAUGGUUUAGCUGCUAGUAUGAUACAAGAGGGUAUGCUAGACGAAGGCUUUCAGACUGCAUGGGGAGCAUACCAUGCAUGCUGGGAAGGAUUAGGCCUACAAUUCCAGACACCAGAAGCUUACACGUCCACCAAAGGAUAUCGAUCGUUAGGCUACAUGAGACCACUUAGUGUCUGGGCUAUACAGUGGGCAAUCGAAAGAUUUCAACGCCAAUUACUAGUUAACUAAGUCAAACUUAACGUUAAUAUUUACGAUCGUUAAUAAUUUUGAAGGGUUUUAUUUUUUUUUACCGUGUUUGUUAAACAUACAUUAUGCAAGAGGUAAAUCUGCCUAUUGCAGGUCUUUCUUUAGGCCUGAAAUGUUUUUUUAAAUUAUUAAUUAGACAUUAAUUAACUUAUCUACACCAUAAUCAACUCUAGAUGCCAUCGGAUGUUUGCGAUAUUAAACAUACAUUAUGCAAGAGAUAAAUCUGCCUAUUGCAGGUCUUUCUUUAGGCCUGAAAUGUUUUUUAAAUUAUUAAUUAGACAUUAAUUAACUUAUCUACACCAUAAUCAACUCUAGUUGCCAUCGGAUGUUUGCGAUAUUAAACAUACAUUAUGCAAGAGAUAAAUCUGCCUAUUGCAGGUCUUUCUUUAGGCCUGAAAUGUUUUUUAAAUUAUUUAUUAGACAUUAUUAACUGAUCCAAACCAUAAACAACUCUCAAUGCCAUCGGAUUUCUCUGAUAUUAAGUAGAUAGAACAAUUCAGACAUAUUUUGAUUUAAGCUAAAACUGGAAGAGGGAGACUUAUCUUCGAACAACCAGUACGAUGGUUGAAAUUAUUGUACACGUCUUGUCAAACCUUCAAAGGCUAAUAUCUUCGCUCGCAAUAGAGUAAUUUGAAUGAAAUUUUCAAAUUAUUCAUUUUACAUUAUCUAUUUUCGAACUAUUAUAGCAAGAAUGGCUAGUUCUGUAUCAAAAUCUUACAUAAUGUAUCAUUAACAUCAAUAUUUAUGAUCGUUAAUAAUUUACCAUACACGUAGAUAACAUUAAUGCUUUAUUGAAAUACCUGAAAUUCAAUAUUUAUAUUUUUAAUCUUUAAUAAUUUUAUCAUACAUGUGGUAUUUUCGCAGAUAUUUAUGCUUGGUUGAAAUCCAGGCCCCAAGUUCACAAAACAUUCUCAGACUUAAGUUGAGAAUUUACUCAACAUUCAGUCACUGUUUAUGACUAUUAUGAGAAAUAUCUUUGAUCCAGGAACACAAUACUUAGUGUAUAGUUUCUUAUUGAUGUAUUUGAGACAUUAAAACAACAAAAGUUUUAUAAAGGGCUUUAAUUUAGACAAAAUAAGAACAAUUUUGAGUAAAUUCUGAGAAUGCUUUGAGAACUCAGGACCAGUAGAUUUAUUAUUUAAAUCACUGUUGCUAUUUCAAAUUUUUUUUUUUUUCGGACAUUUUUACCGAAAAUAAAGGGGCAUAACUCUUAUCAUUAUUUAAACAGAAGGUUUCAGACCACAAUUAAAACUUUAACUAUUACUACGUCAUAUGAAUAUGAUUCAUAAUAUUCGAUGCAGCAUCUUCCUGUUCGGUCGUUCGCUAAUAAUAUCUUUUUUUAUUUGUUUGUUAAUGUUAGUAUUUCUUUGUGCAUUAUAAAUGCAAAUUUGCUCACUUACUGUGUGGUACAUAGAAGCAUAUUAUUGUUUUGUUUUAGUCUUAGAUUAGUUUUGUUAGAUCAUUGUUUUUAAUUUAAUUAAAGUUCAUACAUGUUUUCAUUUUUUUUCCUCUUGGAACAUUUUAUACAGUUUAUUGUCAUUAACAUUAUUAUUAUUAUUAAGUAAAUUUUGUUGUACUUUCUUCAUGAAAUAAUCCUUUGUUGUACCGGUACUUUCUCCAUGUAAUAAUCCGAUAAAUAUGAUGUACAUUAAUAAAUACAUUCCGUUUAAUUAA